AUGGCCCCUCGUCAUUUCUCGUUGCGGUUGCUCUUACUGACUUUGGGACAAGUUCUCAGCUGUCAGGGAGCUCCCGAACCCGGAUUCCAACCCGGCCAUCCUGAUGCCCGUGGUCCAGCUGGGCACUUUCAGCAGCCCUCUCACCGUUCCCGCAACCACCUUGGUCUAAGACCGGGAGUUCAUCGCCCGUGGGAAGAUAUUCCGUGUACAACGGAUAUCUCAGGACCUGUGUCGACACCAGAAGUCAAUCUUUUGGGCCUAGAAUCCGAGACAUUCAUAGCUCCGUCUCCUAUUGGCACGGUGACAAUCACCACCAGCCAUCCUACAAUCACUCCCAGCUAUCCUAGUUCCUUCAUCACGUCAUCCCGAAGCGCUUCUACUUCGGAAAGCAUAGACUUCUCACCGGAUGUGACCGUGAGCGUCUCGACAAGCACUGCAUCAAACUGCACCAUCCAAAUCCUCCCCACGUUGACGGACGUAGAGCCACAUACUACAGGUCUUCCAGUUGAAUCAGCUGGAGAUUCGGAAACCAAGUCGCCAACAGAGAGUGCCAUCGAGCCCGCAACCUCUCUCCUCGAACCAACGGAGAGCCCUACUCCAGUAUCAACGAUGCCGACCAUAGAGACCAUGAUUCCCGCGGACAUAUUCGCGGAGCCCAUCUCUUGGGACCCACCGCCGAGUAACAUGCCGCAGAGGGAUGACCAUCCCGUCCCUCGACUUGGAAUCGGGGCCGGCCCACCUAUUCAGACCAACAAGUUCUACUCCAACUUCUUCCUUGGCGACCAGAAGGCACCGACUUACACCUUCCCGUACUCGGUGGCGUGGGUGGGCGGCAAUGGCCCUACCGGCAGCUAUGGUCUCGCGAUUUCGCACACAGAUGCUGACCAACGCGUGUUUGGUAAUCCGAAGGAACCAACUGGAGCCGCAAGUUACUUUUACAACCCGGUCGGGAUCCAGUCCCUCAUUUUGAGCGCCAAAGAGUUGGGUAAGGAUACCUCUCUCACCAUUGAUAGCUUAACUGCUUUCUCGGCUACUGUGCGUAUUCGCCCUGAACCGGAUGGCGCACCUGCCAUCUCCUUCCCGUUAGUUCAGGGCAUGGGCUUCGUCACCGGAGAAUACAGCGGGGCUAUUCCUCUUAUCCAAUCUGGCGUGUUCUUUAGGACCGUGAGCAAGGCCACCGAUGAUCCCAAAGAUGGCGUUGUCAAGUACAAGUUUGUGCUUGAGGAUGGCAAGGCUUGGUGGCUAUACGCGACCAAAACAUCAGGCGAGGACCUUGAUCUCAGGGUUGUUAACAAUGGUAAUGCUGAGGCGACGGCGCCUUUCUAUGGCCUUAUCCAGAUUGCUAAGGACAACUCUGGAGCUGAGGAGGUCCUUGACGAAGCAUCUGGAGUAUAUGCCGAGACGAUCCUACUCUCUGGAGCAGUUGAUGAUACCACGGGUAGCUAUACUUUUCACUUUACUUCCCGUGGCCGUCCCGACAGCCCGCUCCUGAUGUUCGCCCUGCCUCACCACGUCCAGUCGUUCGACUAUGAGACGAAGUCUAAAAUUGCGGACCUGAAGAUGCAGACGACAACCAAGGGCCUCGCAACAGCUGUUCUGGGAAUCAGCUGGACUAUGGUUGAGCCUCGGAUGCCGUUGAAUAUGGGCUUCGCGCCAUACACGCCAGAGGGAGGAUCUCGGGAUACGUUAUCCGAAGAGGCCAAGGCGGUGAUUAGGGUCGUGGCUCAACAGGAGAUAUCGCAGAACAUGCUUGAGCAGACGAAUCUCGACUCGAUGUACUUUAGUGGCAAGGGACUCGCCAAAUUUGCGAUGAUUCUCUACGUCAUAAAUGACAUGCUGGAUGAUAGGGCGCUUGCUCAGGCAGGUCUGGAGAAGCUGAAGCAUGCCUUUUCGACUUUUGUUGAGAAUAGGCAGCAAUACCCGCUUGUCUAUGAACGCGCAUGGGGUGGAGUGGUGUCGUCUGCCACUUACACGACUGGAAACAGCGGUGUCGACUUUGGUAACACAUACUACAACGACCACCACUUCCACUGGGGCUACUUUGUUCUCGCCGGAGCGUAUAUCGGAUACCUUGAUCCCGCUUGGGCUCAGGAGAACAAGGGCUAUAUCAACACCUUGGUGCGAGACUAUGCCAACCCAAGUGCUAAAGAUCCAUACUUUCCUCAGUUCCGGUCGUUUGAUUGGUAUCAUGGGCACAGCUGGGCUCAUGGUCUAUACGCAAGCAUGGAUGGAAAGGACCAAGAAUCGAGCUCGGAGGAUAUCAUGAGUGUCUACGCAAUCAAGAUGUGGGGUACUGUAACAGGAGACUCGCUAAUGACGGCACGAGGAAACCUCCAACUAUCCGUCCUCGCCCGCAGUCUCCAGCACUACUACCUAAUGACGAGUGACAACGAAGUCCAUCCACGACAGUUCAUCGACAACAAGGUGGCAGGGAUCCUUUUCGAGAAUAAGGCCGACCACACGACGUAUUUCGGCGGCAAUAUCGAGUACAUCCAAGGCAUCCACAUGCUCCCGCUCCUGGCGGCGUCGGGACUAGCGCGGACGCCCGAGUUCAUCCUGGAAGAGUGGACGACGUACUUUAGUGACGGACGUGCGGACGAGAUCAGCGGCGGGUGGAAGGGCAUCGUGUAUGGCAACUACGCGUUGGUGUACCCGGAUGAGGCGUGGGAGUUGUUCAAUAGCUCAACGUUCAAUCCUGCGUGGUUGGACGGUGGGGCGUCGUUGACGUGGUAUUUGGCGUUUGCGGCCGCUCUCGGAGGGGCAUGA